AUGGGCGAGCGGCUUUGCGUGCGCUUGCACCUUGCACCGCACCGCCGGCAGUGGACCGAAGCGCUGAAUGAGCAGCUCGUCUCCAUUCCAGUGCUGGACACGGUGGACGCCGUCCCGUGGCCAGGCAUGCGCUCGGCCAUCCAGUGGCUCGAAGGCAACUUCUCUGAGGUGUUGCUGCCGGCCUUCAAAGAAGCCCGCGCUCACAGGCGCUUCACUGAGCACGGCGAAGGUCUACAUCUGACUGGGAUGUGGGAAACCGCGCAUAUCUCCCACCAGAAGUGCCAGGCGCAGCUCUAUCCCAGCUUCUGCAAGCUACUGCAGGCCAUCCGGAAGGCCUUACCUGUGCGGCGCGGGAUCACGCAGGCGCGCUUCGCGAGGAUGCAUCCCGGCACGCGGGUGGCCGAGCACACGGCCAGCACCAACCAGCGCAUCAAGAUCCACUGUGGGGUGGAGAACCCCAGCAACGUCACCAUGUUUAUUGCAGAUUCCAGCAUCACCUGGCGAGAGGGGAAGUGCUACUAUGUCGAUGACAGUUACGCGCACCACAUCCUGUCCGGGCCAAAGGACUUGCCCAGGACCAUCCUCGAGUUGAAGGUCGUUCACCCCGACCUUGCGUGGGCGGACUUCCUGGACGAGGAGACCGGGGAGCUGAUCCAGAACCCCUUCCGACGGCGAGCGCGCGCGGAACUCUGA